AGUGAAGGAAAUAAAAACACUAUCUGUAUAGUUAAGAUAGGAGUAAGUAUUUAAGUUUUUCUUAACGUGCUUAUGAGGGCCCUACGAACCAUCUUUUGGGUACCUAACCUUUCUUUCUCAUCAUCAUCUCGUAAUCGUCCAAUGCUGGACAUACGCCUCUUCCAAGGAGCACCACAGCGCUCUGUCCUCGGCAUUCCUCAGUCAGCCACUUCCUAAGUCUAAGGUUUUCGAUGCAGCGGCAGCGGGCUGGAGUGUGUCCUACGCUACGGUACGCUGGCCAGAUGGUGACUUCCACUCGAAAACUCGUUUACCCCACCGGUAAUCGGUUCUUCGGCAUAUAUGGCCAGUUCACUGCCACUUCAGCUACCAAUCAUUCUGGCACCUGUAAUGACCUGUAUCCUACCUUCUUCCUCUUUCUUCUCCUUACUAGCGGUCGGCUUUGUGUGUCAUGUCAUGUCCACGCCUAAUAGACACGACAACGACAUUACAACGUACAACGUAUCGUACCUACCUUGGAUAUAAUAGAAUCCCUAUUCAUUCCUUUCCGAUAAGUCAACACCUUAGAACUACAGGAUGUUGCAAAAAGGGUAUGCUAAGCCGAAACCUACAUACGUGUGCAGCAUGUUAUAUCUAAGCCCAGAAAUGAAAUCAGAACGUUAAAAUUCUUAGUGCUUAGAUAUGUAUAACAUGCUGUAGGUUUCGGCUUAGUAUACCAUUUUGCGACAUGCUGUAUACGUACAUACUAGGUAGGUAGGUACUUAGAUGGGUUAUUUCUCUCUCUGACGCACACACUUGAAUAGGUACGGUUUUAUUACAUCUACCUGAAGGGGAUUUAUAGAUCAUGAAAAGAAUUCUGAAAAGAAAAUCCACACCAAUAACAUCUUUUCUUUUCACCUUCUAUUAUAAAAAUAGUUACCAGAGGAUAAUGUUACUACUUAAUGGACCCCUUUGUUACGGGUGUCAAUCAAACAUCCUGUAUAUAAACUGAGGAAAUCUCAACCCCUACAUUAGUUAUCUUUUGAGUGCCGAGGCGUCCAGAUAUGAAGAAGGUAAUGACGUCUUGUCUAGGCCUGCUAGUAUGUCUAGACCUGGCCCUACCUCUGACCAGGGUGCAAGCUAAACAAAACACAGACGAGUACCUAGUAGAAGACCAAAGAACACAUAUGAGGAAACAAAACUAUGUGAGACAGCAAAGGGGUUUUGAAAAAGGAGCUUUAGCCGAUGGACUUGGGGUCGCUUAUACAGUAGAGUCUUAUGACCCGGAAAGUGAUGAAAUACCAACGCUGAUUUUUGACUAUGCGAAUAUGAUCCGUAAUGAUAUCAUUUUGCUGGACAAUUCCGUUGAAACUCGGACGAGGAAGCGUGGGGACACGAAAGUCAAAAAAUAUAAUGAAGCAGUCAUGGACCCGCCCUGCUCCUGUGAAUACAAUGUAAGUAAAUGCGCCGUGGACUUGAAUUGUGUUAUACAUUUACUUGAACUGAAGUUAACUUUACAGAAACGGUUAAAAGACCUUGGCGAGGGUUUCUUCCCGCGGUUCGUGGAAGAGAGGAACUGCACCACCAAACUCUGCUCGCCUAAUUACUCGUGCCAGCCCAGCUUAUAUGAGCUAACCGUCCUAAAAGAGAAAGAGAACUACGACAGAUCAUCACUGAACAUGCCUAAAAGCCUCGCUCACAUGUACGUAGCCCUCAAAAAACCAGUCACCGUGGCCUGCCUCUGCACUAGCGACUUUGUAGACAAAAACUAGA